AUGGACCCUGUGUCUAUCAUUACAAUAGAGGUGGCAAGAAACCACUAUAUAUCUCUGAGUGCAGAUAUGAACUAUUACGCUACUAGAGUGGGUCCGAUUGGCUCCAACGGAGUGAUAGUUUUGCAAGUGGAUCAGAUUGCCAGCAAAGGCGUGCCUGGUAUGCAGGUCAGUCAGGUGAUAUUGUUGGGCUUCCAAACUUUUUCUAGAAGUGGGUUGUUGGCUUCUUCCUUGGCUGAGCCUUACCCUGUUAAAACUGAGGAAGAGGAAGGGACGAGAAAUGAUGGCGCUGAGUCAUCAGAGGAGGCUGCUGCCCACUGGUCAAACCUCUCAUCCUUCCAUCUCAGCUUCAAUUUCCUAGACACGGGUUCCGGUUUCCAGUCGAGAAUGUUACACUUGUCUCUCUAUGUCAAUGCUAUCAUCUCCGUUUUGUUCUUUGGCCUUUCCAAUUGCUUGAUGAGAGGGAAUGAGACAGACAGGCUUGCCCUGCUUGAGUUCAAAUACCUGAUACGGGAGGACCCUUCUGGGGUGUUCGAUUCCUGGAACAGCACAAUUCACUUUUGCAAGUGGCACAGGAUCACUUGCAGCCCAAGGCACCAGAGAGUCACUAUCCACGACCUCCAGUCCCUCAAGCUCCUGGGUUCUAUUUCAUCUCAUAUAGGGAACUUGAGCUUCCUCAGGGAGCUUAAUCUUCUAGCUAAUGAGUUCGAUGGCAAGAUCCCACCUGAGAUUGGGUCGUUGAAGAGACUAGAGAAAUUGAGACUGUACAACAACUCACUUAGUGGUGCUAUACCCCCAAAUUUAUCCUACUGUUCUGAACUUACCCUGAUCAGUCUCGCUAAAAACCAGCGUGUGGGAGAGAUCCCAGUUGAGUUAGCGUUGUUAACAAAGCUUCAACUUCUUGUGGUACAGUGGAAUUAUCUCCCUGCACAAAUUCCCUAUUCAGUUAACCAAUUCUCCGGGCCAGUGCCUUCAUUGGCAAAAUUGCAAGCUUCAGAGGUUUCUUAUUUGGAGCAACUGCCUAGGGACAGGAAGCAGUCGAUAACAGGAGAGAUCCCUUCAGGAAUUGGAAAUUUUGUCAAUAUGGUAUUUCUGUCCAUGCAAAUCAAUAGGAUUUCUGGCGGAAUUCCCUCGAGCAUUGGAGGGCUCCGGGGGCUCGUAAGGUUGUACCUUGAUUGCAAUCAAUUCACUGGGAAUCUCCCAUCCUCCAUUGGAAACUUGACUCUACUGAAGGAUUUGAGUCUAUGCAGCAACUUCUUCCAGGGGGGAAUCCCUCCAAGUCUAGGGAUGCUAAAAUUUGUAUCUUUUAGAGAUCUUGGGAAUAACUUUCAAGGGUCCAUCCUGCCGUCUUUAAGUUCACUGAAGGUUCUUCAUGAGUUGGAUCUUUCACGGAACAAUUUGUCCGGUGAGAUCCCAAGUUUCCUAGAGAAGCUGAACAUGCUGCAGGUAUUAAAUCUCUCCCACAACCAUUUGGAGAGCCCGGUGCCAGCCAGUGGGAUUUUCAAGAAUGCAAGUGCUAUUUCCAUAUCAGGAAAUGAUGAGCUCUGCAGAGGAUCUGUUGUGCUGCAUCUUCCAAAAUGCAUAGUGAAGGAGCCGAAGAAGCGAAAAUUGAACCGGACCAAAAGAAGAGGUCCCUCUUCAAGCAGCUCCUUUGAUCAGUCUCUUUUAGCUGUGUCUUAUCAUAGCCUUGUAAAAGCCACAUAUGGCUUCUCUGGAGCUAGUUUGCUCAGCGUUGAAGCUUUUGGUUCUGUGUACAAAGGAAUGAUUGCUGAGGGUGAGAACAGAAUAAUUAUUGCCGUCAAGAGACUGAGAAUAGCAACUGAUGUUGCUUCUGCUCUGGAUUAUCUUCCCCACCACUGUGAAACACCCAUUGUUCACUGUGACCUAAAGCCGAACAACAUCUUUCUAGACUCGGAAAUGGUCGCUCAUGUUGGUGAUUUUGGGUUAGCUCGAUUCAUUCAGGAAGCCGCAGAUGAACUCCACGCUAACCAAUCAAGUACCAUUUGCAUUAGGGGUUUGACGGGUUAUGUUGCUCCAGAAUAUGGUAUGGGAAGCGAAGUGUCAACUCUCGGUGAUGUCUACAGUUACGGCAUUCUCCUGUUAGAGCUGUUCACCGGGAAGAGACCGACCGACAAAUUGUUCAAUGAAGGCCUGAACAAUCGCAACUUCACCGAGAGGGCUUUGUCUGGCCAACUUGAAGAGAUCAUAGACACGGCUGUUUUUCAAGAAGGGCAACAAACAGAUCAGGCAUCGAGGUACAACAGUACCCGAGCUUGGACUAGCAACAGGGUCCAGAAUGCCUGA